CGGCCCUGCACGAGCUGGAGCCCCGGCACUGCGUGGGUCUCGCGUGGGCGCUGGCCACUCUGCAGGAGGCCGCCGGCCCAGCGGGCCCCGCGCUGCUCACUGGACUGGAAGCGGAGCUGCCUGCGCGCCUGCGCGAGGCCUCGCCCCAGGGCGUGGCCAACGUGCUGUGGGCGUGCACUCGGCUCGGGAGGGCUGGCGGCCCCGCCGCCAAAGCCGCCAUGGCAGCGGCGACCCAGCGUGCGGCCGAGCUGGCGCCGGUGGACGCGGCCAGCGUCGCGUGGGCCUGCGCGCCAGCGACGACGUUGGCGCCGCCACUGGCAGACGCGCUGGCGCUGCGGGCACCAGCUGGCGCCGGGCAGUUCUCGCCACGGCACGCGAGCAACUUGGCAUGGGCGCUGGCCACCACGGCGCCGCGCAGUCCACUUUGUUGCGAGGCAGUGGCGCCCCUGGCCACCGCCGCAUGCGCAUCGAGACACCUGGCAGCGUGCGACCUGGCAGCCGCAGCCUGGGCACUGGCCGCCGUGGUCGCCCGCACGCCGCCGGCCCCACCAGCGCUGGCGGCAGCGGCGCGGCUCAGGGCCGCCGAAUUAUCCCCGCAGGGCUUCGCCACCCUCGUAUGGUCGCUUGCCGUCACGUCCGCCGGCGCGCGCUUGGGCCUGGUGCCCACGCCGAUGGUGUCCGAGCGCGCCGAGGCACUCGACGCGGGGCAGCUGGCGCGGGUCCUGUGGGCGCUGGCAGCGCAGAGGUGCGCGGCCGAGGCGCCCCUGGCGUCCCACCUGGCGGCCCUGGCGCUCGACAGGGUCGGCGAGUUCGGAGCCCAGGACCUGGCCAACGUCAGCUGGGCCGCCGCGACCUCCUUCGCGGGCGGCCCUGCAGCGCCUCUGCUGCAGGCGGCGGCGGCGGCGCCAGCGCAGCUGGCCGCCAGCUGCGAGCCGCGCCACCUGGCGGCCGUGGCGUGGGCGCUGGCGGCGAGCGCCUGCCACCACGCGCGCCUGUCGAGCGCGCUGCCCGCGCAGCCCGCCCACAGGGCCCGCGAGUUCGGGGCGCGCGACCUGGCCAUCAGCGCCUGGGCGCACGCCGCCUGGGGCGGCGGAGCCGGCGCGCUCUCCGCGGCGUUCCGCGCGGAGGUGCUCCCCAGGCUGCCGGGCCUGGGGCCGCAGGACGUGUCCAACCUCUGGUGGGCCCUGGCCGCGCUGGCCGUGAGGGACGAGCCGCUCGCGCUCGGCCUGGCCUCGGCCGCGCGCCACCAGCUGCGCGGCCUGGAGCCACAGCACAUCUGCAACGUGCUCUGGUCGGCGGCCACGCUGGCAAUGGAGGCACGCGACCGCCAAGGCGCGCGGCUGCUCGCUGGGCUCUCCACCCGGCUGCGCCACCAACUGCCCGCGGUGGGCCCCCUCGGGCUGGGCAACGCGGCCUGGGCGCUGGCGAGCCUGGUCGGCGCGCCCACGCGGCCCUCCGCGCGGGCCCGGCGCGCCCCGGGCAGCGGCCGGGCAGCAGGCCGGGCCCGCGGGGAGCGGAGCGCGCGAGCGAUGGGGCUCCCGUCGCUCCUCGCGCUCCUGGCCGGCGCCCUCCGGGCGGCCGCGGAGGACGCGGUGCUCUGCCGGAACGGCUCCGACUCCAGCCUGGCGUCCUUCGCCUUCGGCACAGGGGUGGACAAGUGGGGUCCAGGGUGGCCUCAGCAGCUGAAGAAGUCGCGCCUCGUCGAAGGAGACACGAGCGUGCUGUGGGUGACGGAGCUCGAUGACGGAGGCCUCGCGCUCUCCACGGACGCCGGGCUGCAGCUCUGGCGGCCGGGCCGCCGCGCGCAGGACGUGUCCCUCGCGCCGCUCUCGACCCCGGUCGGGGCGAUCUACUUCGAAGGCAAGAUUUGGGUAGCCUGUUUCGGGUCGUGGCCCUACCCCUCGGACGACAGCGGCGUGGCCGUGGUCGAUGCCGCGAGCGGGAAGCUGCUGGAGACCUACCCCUUCUCUGCCACCGGGGACGCCGACGACGCCGCGUCGCACGUGCACAACAUCUACCUCUUCGAUUGGGGCGGCCGCCGGGAGAUCUUCAUCGCCGUGCUGGGGAACCCGUGGGGGUCCCCCCCGGUCCCCGGGAAGGGGCUGGUCCUCUUCGAUCGUGCCUCGGGCAACUUCUUGGAGGUGACCACAAGGAGGCGGAACGUGCGCUCGGCCGCGCAGAAGGCCCCGGGCGAGAUCUUCGUGCUCACGCAGGAGACCGCGGACACCGACACGAGGCUUGCCCUGCUCCGGAAGAGCGGCGCCAAGCUGCACGUGGCAGUCGAGGCGUCGCUGCCCACACGCCACGCGGUCGCCGAAGACAUCGGAGGCGGCGCGGACGUCGUCCUCGGCCGGGAGCCCGGCUCGGUGUGGUGCACGGACCGCAACGCCGAGGGGCGCCCUGGCAAGCUGUACUAUUACAAGCUCGCGACAGCUGGUGGCGGCAACGUCACCGGGCUCGAGCUGGUCGCCGCGUACGACACCGGCCCCCACCCGCGGUACUUCAGAAUACUGGACGCACCCGGCAAUGAGGGGGACAUAGUGGUAUGCAACUACGACAUGGGGACGUUGUCGGUCUUCUCUGGAUUGGCAUUGCAUCCGACUAAGACAGUGGAGCCGUCCGUGAUCGCCACCGUGGACCACGUCGCGUUCUUCCUCCAGGGCCAGGACGUGCGAAUCUGCCCCGCAGAGACGGAGGCCGCUGCGGGUGGCCAGGCGCCGCGCAGCAUGCUCCGCUCGGAGGCGGCCGGAGCAGAGGAGGACAGCCAGGGCCCUUGGCGGCGCAGAAGCACGGCGGCCUUCGCCACGCUCUCCAUCGCUGCAGGCGUCCUCCUCUGCACGGCCCUCGGCGUCGGGCGACGCACGGCUCCAGCGGGCACGGCGCGCACGUCCGGCGGUUCCGACGGGAGCAGCUCGGACGGCAGCGACGCCGCGGAGCGGCGGAUCGGAGCGGUGCACGCUGGGGCGAGCUGA